AUGAAAAUGAUGAGCGUUUCUGGCUGGGACAAGGGCCGUAGCGGUGGCCGCAUCGGUAACGAAUCGAAAGAUUCCGCUCUCAACCGCGCCCGUCGGUCGGGCAACGUUGUCACAGAACUCAAGCAUGGCGGCGUCGCCAACAAAUCUGCCCACACUGCCACCGGCAACAUGCGCAAGUUGGACGAAGAUUCGGAAAACUUCAAGCAUCAGACUGUUGACCACAGCCUGUCGCAAGCCCUGCAGAAGGCGCGCAUGGACAAGGGCUUGACACAGAAAGCAUUGGCCACGGCGAUCAACGAAAAGCCCCAGGUGAUUGGUGAAUAUGAGUCUGGCCGCGCCAUCUCGAACGGGCAGAUCAUUGCCAAGAUUGAGCGGGCAUUGGGCUGUCGGCUGCCUCGCGCGCCGAAGAAGAGACUUACAGCAGCUGAACCAUAA